CCUUCCCUCUGUAGCCCCUUGCUUUGAGAGACAGGGAGGACAGAGUGCUAACCUUUCUUUCAUUUCCUUACUUUCCAUUUCUCUGUGCCACCUUGUUCACUAGAAUACAUGACAACAGGGAUGGACCCAACCAAGAUGGGGGUCGGAAGGGCCAUUGCUGUACUGACUUCAGGUGGUGAUGCCCUAGGAAUGAAUGCAGCUGUGAGAGCCACUGUCAGGGUAGGCUUGUACACUGGAGCUAAAGUUUUCUUUGUUCAUGAGGGUUAUCAGGGAUUGGUUGACGGAGGGGAUCAUAUCCGCCCCGCUACCUGGGAGAGUGUGUCCAUGAUGCUACAGCUGGGUGGUACAGUCAUUGGCAGUGCCCGCUGUAAGGAUUUCCAGACCAGGGAGGGGCGUCUGAAGGCUGCUAACAAUCUCGUCAAGCUGGACAUCACCAACCUUUGUGUAAUUGGUGGAGAUGGCAGUUUGACUGGUGCCAACAUAUUUCGCACUGAGUGGAGUGACUUGCUCAAAGAUCUAGUCAGUAAAGGUCAGAUCACCAAGGAGGAGGCCAAGGCUUCAUCUCAUCUGAAUAUCGUAGGCAUGGUUGGCUCUAUUGACAAUGACUUCUGUGGAACGGACAUGACCAUCGGUACAGACUCAGCCUUGCAUCGCAUCAUUGAGGUGGUGGACAGCAUCACCACAACUGCACAGAGCCACCAACGUGCUUUCAUCCUGGAGGUCAUGGGAAGACACUGUGGUUACCUAGCUCUCGUUACUGCUCUUUCAUGUGGUGCUGACUGGGUGUUUAUUCCCGAGAUGCCCCCAGAUGACGGCUGGGAGGAGCACUUGUGUAGAAGACUCACAGAGACCAGAAACAUGGGUUCUCGUCUAAAUGUCAUCAUUGUGGCUGAGGGAGCAAUCAAUAAACAGGGGGAACCAAUCACUUGUGAUCAGCUAAAAGAUCUGGUGACAAAGAGGCUGGGCUUUGAUACUCGUGCCACCAUCCUGGGUCAUGUGCAGAGAGGUGGAACUCCCUCAGCCUUUGACAGAGUGCUGGGUAGUAGGAUGGGUGUGGAGGCGGUCAUGGCUCUUCUGGAAGCCACUCCAGAAACUCCUGCCUGUGUGGUCAGUCUCACUGGGAAUCAGGCUGUCAGACUCCCUCUCAUGGAGUGUGUGCAAGUGACCAAGGAUGUUACUGUUGCUAUGAAAGAGAGUCGAUUUGAUGAUGCUGUAAAACUCAGGGGAAAGAGUUUUGAGAAUAACUGGAACACAUAUAAACUGUUGGCCCAUGUGCGGGUUCCAGACACAAAGAGUAACAUUAAUGUGGCUAUUAUGAAUGUGGGUGCUCCCUGCGCUGGAAUGAAUGCAGCUGUGCGUGCAGCUGUCAGGAUCGGUAUUAUCCAGGGCCACAACAUGCUGGCAAUUCACGAUGGCUUCGAAGGUUUGGCUCAGGAAAAGAUUGAGCCAAUUACUUGGAACAAUGUUGGAGAUUGGACAGGAAAAGGUGGCUCGGUAUUGGGUACCAAAAGAGUAUUACCUGGAAAGUACAUGGAGGAGAUCAGCUUAAAUAUUGCAAAGUACAAUAUUCAUGCUCUGGUCAUCAUUGGGGGUUUUGAGGCAUUUACAGGAGGCUUGGAGAUGGUCCAAGGCAGAGAGAAGUUUGAAGAGUUGUGUAUUCCCAUGGUGGUCAUUCCUGCUACUGUUUCUAACAAUGUGCCAGGCUCAGACUUCAGCAUUGGAGCUGACACUGCCCUUAACACCAUCACUACGACCUGUGACAGGAUCAAGCAGUCUGCAGCGGGCACUAAGCGCCGUGUGUUCAUCAUUGAGACUAUGGGAGGAUACUGCGGCUACCUAGCAACAAUGUCUGGCCUCGCCGCAGGAGCUGAUGCUGCUUAUAUAUAUGAAGAGAAAUUUGGCAUUCGUGACUUGGAGAGCAAUGUGGAGCAUCUUGUUGAGAAGAUGAAGACUACUGUUAAGAGAGGCCUAAUUCUCAGAAAUGAGAACAGCAAUGCCAACUACACCACUGAUUUCAUCUUUAACCUGUACUCAGAGGAGGGAAAAGGCGUCUUUGACUGCCGCAAGAAUGUCCUCGGCCAUAUGCAGCAAGGUGGCACCCCAACUCCUUUUGACAGAAACUUUGCUACCAAGAUGGGUGCCAAGUCCGUUCUCUGGCUGACAGAGAAACUGAAGGAAUGUUAUAGACAUGGCCGAAUCUUUGCCAACACUCCAGACUCUGUGUGUGUGUUGGGCAUGAGGAAGAGAGGACUUGUGUUCCAGCCACUGGGUGAACUGAAGGAGCAGACAGAUUUUGAACACCGUAUUCCAAAGAGCCAGUGGUGGUUGAAGCUGAGGCCUAUAAUGAAGAUCUUGGCCAAGUACAAGAUUAAUCUGGACACCUCCGAGCAUGCUCUUAUGGAGCAUGUUAUUAGCAAGAAUGCUCCAGUAAACAUGUCUCUUUCAAAGUAGUUACGAGCAUGAAUGAGCAUCUCACUUAUGGAACAACUGGUGAUCUUAAAUUUAUUAUAUCUCAGUUGUCUUAUCAUCUACCGUACUUAUAAUUAUUUGUUUGCCUACAUGUCUCUUAUUAUUUUGUUUGUAUAAAUGAUAUCUAUGGUAAACAGUAUCACAAUAUGUGAAUAAAAAUAGUAUUAUUGCCCUCGUCUUUUUAUUUAAGAAUGUCAUUUUAUUGGAAAGGAGGGAAUCCUCUUUGUAGUUUAUAGACAGUAUUCGGGAACAGCAUGUUACUACUUAAAUCUUCGAGAAGGACCAAAGGACAUACUGUAUAUGCUAUCAAGAUCAGCAAGGAUGUGGUUGACAGCCUAAAUGUUGCUGCAUAUACAGCUAAACUUACCAAGGACAGACAAUAUUAACCUCAUCAUCUGUGUUAAAGUGACAUCUGAAGCAGAAGGCAACACGUUGUUAAAGGUCAAACCUAUUUGAAUAGUUAGUGUGAACAUUCAAAGGUCAAAUGCUAGCACUGACUCCAGAGUAAACAUAUGGCAUCAUAAAUGCUGCGUACUGAUUACCAUUAAUUCUAAUAUGAUGUAUUCUCUAC